AUGCCUGAAAUUAAUAUACAGUCUAGAGACAUCGUUCCAGAUUCUUUGCUUAAAGAUUAUAUUGUGUUCAGGAAUCACGAUAUCGAGGGGCAAGUUUCCAAAAGUGAUGGAGAAGAUUCAGGACGAAAGAGAACAAGAAUAGGAGCAUUUCUUGAGCCAGAGGGGCGGCUACUUCGAGGGUGGAAAAUAAUGUUUGCAGUGUCGUGUGUGAUUGCAGUAUCAGUGGAUCCUUUGUUCUUUUACCUUCCUAUCAUCAACAGAGAUGAUAUCAGCACGUUGUUGGAUAAAAGACUACAAAUCAUAGUUUAUAGCUUACGAUCUGUCACUGAUUUGAUUUAUCUUUUGAAUAUCAUUUUGCAAUUUAUUUGUCCUUACAUCGAGAAGGGCUCUCGUAAACUUGGACGAAAAAUUAUAGUUAGAAAUCCUCGGCAAAUAGCAAACCACUACUUCUUCUCGCGCUACUUCGUAAUUGAUGUUCUCGCUAUUCUUCCCCUCCCACAGGUUUCUAUUCCAAUUGGUUUUUCAAAAAUCAGUUAUUCAAACUAUUUGGCCAAAAGGAAGUUCCUGAACACCCUUGUUUUCUUACAAUAUGUACCAAGAGUUCUCCGAAUUUACAUAUCAUGGAUGGAUCUUAGCAAGCCUGACAGCAAACUCUUUAGAAUUGUAUGGGUUAAAGCUGCAUUCAAUUUCUUUCUCUAUAUCCUUUCAAGCCAUGUACUGGGUGCCUUUUGGUACUUACUUUCAAUCCAACGAGAGACGGCUUGCUGGCAUAUAGCUUGGCAUAAAAACCAUGAUCCCUUAUCUAUAAAGGAUUGGUGCUCUGUAGAAACACCAAACACGACCAACUCUAAUUCUAGAACACCAAAAACAGGGCCCUUUGAUUAUGGAAUAUUCCUUCCAGCCAUUCAAUCUGAUAAUUUGGAGACUACAGAUUUUUCACAAAAGCUCGCAUACUGUUUUUGGUGGGGCCUACGAAAUUUGAGUUCUUUUGGUCAAAACCUUCAAACAAGUGUAUAUUUCUGGGAAAACUUCUUCGCAAUUUCUGUUUCAAUCAUUGCCUUGCUACUGUUUUUGUAUUUCAUCGGAAAUGUGCAGACAUAUAGACAGUUGGCAACUGAAAGGUCAGAAGAAAUUAUACAAAGCAUGAAAGUCAAAGAACGAGAAAUAGAUAUAUGGAGAGAUAGAAACAAGCUCCCUAAUAGUAUGAAAGAGGAGAUCAUGGAAAAUGUUCAACGCCUGUUGAAAGAAAUGCAAGAUGUUGAUGUGCAGAAUUUGCUGUCUUAUCUUCCCAUAGAACUUGGAAUGAAGAUUAAGUGUCAUAUCUGCUUGCCUCUGCUAAAGAAAGUGCCACAGCUUCAAGGAAAAAGCGAAAAACUGUUACUAUUGAUCUGCGACUAUCUCAUGCCAGUGCAUUACAACAAGCAUAGCUACAUUGUCCACGCUGGAGAACCUCUUGAUGCGAUGCUCUUCAUAACGCAAGGCAUCAUAUGGAACUUCACGACCAUUAAUGGUGAGAGAAGCGCUGAGUGUAUUGAAGGAGGUAGUUUCUAUGGAGAACAACUUCUAGAAUGGGGGUUGAAUUCCCCCGCGGCCGCCUUACCCAACCUAUCCAACCUCCCAAUCUCUUCCAAAACUGCAAAAACGCAUACAAAAGUUGAAGCCUUUGCUCUAAUGGCCAACGACUUGAGGACUAUAGUUUCCCGGCGUACCGAAGCAGCUUCUACUUUACCGGCAACUGUACAUACAGCUUUCCGACGCCUUUAUGAAAAGAAGAAGAAUGAAAAGUCUCGCCGUUCGGUUGAGGGGAAGAAAAAAAUUGAAAUGUCAUGCUCUUGGUGUUUCAAGACUAGCUAG